GUGGAGUUAUGGGCACCUCGCUAACUCUUUCUUACCCCGUGCGUGGAAGUCAGAUUUGACUUGUAUCGAAGAAAUAUCGAGAGACCUCUCUUCGCUGAAGCUUCUUUCAAUUUUAUCUCCAUUAUUCUCAAUCACCCAAAAAACCAUCGAUCCUUUACCGUACAAUUCCAGUACAAUUUAUAAGACCUUUCUCUCUACCCAUAUCUCUCUUUCUCUAUAUAUAUUCUUCCACCACCUUGUUCUAUCUAGAGUUGCAAUUCCAUCAUGUCUCCUCUCAACACCGAUGACUUGCACCGGAUUUUUGAGAAGCUAGACCGGAAUGGCGAUGGCCUUGUGAGCCUCGAUGAGCUUCAAUGGCUUCUUGAGAGAAUUGGGGUUCAUACCGGCCUAGAUGAGCUCUGGUCAUUAGUUGGCAAAACAAGCCUCGACUGCAUUGACUUCUUCUUCUUUUACGAUUCUAUCAUUAAGCAAAACUUAAAAGGAGAUGAUGAAGAACAAAGCGAAGAUCGUGAAGGGGAUAAUGAUGACUUGGAGAGCGAUCUUGCCAAGGCUUUUAAGGUUUAUGAUUUGAAUGGUGAUGGUUAUAUUUCAUGUGAGGAGCUUCAAAGCGUGUUGUCAAGAUUAGGGUUAUGGAAUGCACAUUGUGGUAAGGAUUGUAGGAGAAUGAUUAAUGUGUAUGAUACGAAUUCAGAUGGGUUGCUUGAUUUUGAAGAAUUCAAGAACAUGAUGUUGGUUUCCAAUCCUUGAAAAUAAAAAACAAAAAAUUAAAAAUGCAAAUUUUUGGACACAGAAAAUGAAGUGUUUGCCCAAAUUCAUCUGUAUGUGGCCCAAAUUCACUUUCUGCCUCCGAAAUUCGUAAAAAAAUUAUGUUGUAAUAGUAUUGAUGGUGUGUAGAAUUUGAAUUCAAUUUAAUCAGUCACAAGGGUUGUCUUGGAUUGUUAUUGUUGUAAUCUCUGUUAUUGUAAAAUAGUAUUGUAUUGUUUUUAUUGUAGAUUUGUACUUUUUAGCAACA